UGUGAAUGUGUGAGUAUGUAAAUGGGGGGGGAGGCGAGCGGCGUCCCCUGCCGUGGAAUCCGGGCUGAUUCCGCUACUUUCCGAAGCCGGGAAUCUCAUCCCGCGCGUGCCCCGUAGCUCCGUCCUCAGCAGCACCGGCCUCUCCGCUGCGGAGGCGCUCUGGGAGGAGACGGGGCGGGGCGGGGCCGCUGAAUUGACCAAUCAGAGAGCGAACGUUUAAACCCGGGGGAUGCCGCCAAUCGGGGCCGGAGUCACUGCUUGCCUGUCUAGACUUAAGCAAGAGAGGAAACGCCAGUCAUGAAACGAAGCCUGGAAGAGCGUCUUCCCUCUUAACGACGUCAUUUCAUGCGUUUCGGUAGGUGUGUGAGGACCGCAGCUCCAGAAGAUGUGUGAAGAGGAGGACAGCACUGCCCUGGUGUGCGACAACGGCUCUGGGCUCUGCAAGGCAGGCUUUGCUGGCGACGAUGCCCCCAGAGCCGUCUUCCCCUCCAUCGUGGGCCGUCCCCGACACCAGGGGGUAAUGGUAGGCAUGGGCCAAAAGGACAGCUACGUAGGGGACGAAGCACAAAGCAAAAGAGGAAUCUUGACACUGAAAUACCCGAUAGAACACGGGAUCAUCACAAACUGGGACGACAUGGAGAAGAUCUGGCACCAUUCCUUCUACAAUGAGCUGCGUGUGGCCCCGGAAGAGCAUCCUACUCUGCUCACUGAGGCCCCCCUCAACCCCAAGGCCAAUCGGGAGAAAAUGACUCAGAUAAUGUUUGAGACUUUCAAUGUGCCAGCCAUGUAUGUGGCCAUCCAAGCUGUCCUGUCCCUCUAUGCCUCUGGACGUACGACUGGUAUCGUGCUGGACUCUGGGGAUGGUGUCACCCACAACGUGCCCAUCUACGAGGGCUACGCUCUGCCCCACGCCAUCAUGCGUCUGGAUCUGGCCGGCCGCGAUCUCACCGACUACCUCAUGAAGAUCCUGACCGAGCGGGGCUACUCCUUCGUGACUACCGCCGAGCGGGAAAUUGUCCGUGACAUCAAGGAGAAGCUCUGCUACGUGGCUCUGGACUUUGAAAACGAGAUGGCCACGGCCGCCUCCUCCUCCUCCCUCGAGAAGAGCUACGAGCUGCCUGAUGGCCAAGUGAUCACCAUUGGAAACGAGCGCUUCCGCUGCCCGGAAACGCUCUUCCAGCCCUCCUUCAUCGGGAUGGAGUCUGCGGGCAUCCACGAGACAACCUACAACAGCAUCAUGAAGUGUGACAUCGACAUCAGGAAGGACCUCUACGCUAACAACGUCCUGUCGGGGGGCACCACCAUGUACCCGGGCAUCGCUGACCGCAUGCAGAAGGAGAUCACCGCUCUGGCGCCCAGCACCAUGAAGAUCAAGAUCAUCGCCCCGCCGGAGCGCAAGUACUCGGUGUGGAUCGGCGGCUCCAUCCUGGCCUCGCUCUCCACCUUCCAGCAGAUGUGGAUCAGCAAGCAGGAGUACGACGAGGCCGGCCCCUCCAUCGUCCACCGCAAAUGCUUCUAAGCCCGUCCCCUGCGCGCCCGGCCGGCCUCUGCCCCCAGCUGGGAGCGCAGCCGGGCUUCCCCGCUUGCAGCGUCCGCCCCCAACCUUCUGAAUAAAGGCUCUCACUGGACGCCCA